UACGUCCCCUUACUACUCAUUAAAUUGCAAAUUGUCACGUUUUUGUGAUAAUAAGUGUAAAUCCCAAUGAAAUGAUGUCAACAAAACGGAAAAAUCAACCCGCAUCAUUAGAGCAAGAGGCUUUUGACAGUGGGGCUGACUUGUUUGUUAAUGAGCCUGCAGAUGACAGUGAGUCUGAUAUAGAAGAUGCUGAUACAACCGACUCCAGUGACUCGGACUCCAGUGUGUACUCAGGUCUUGGAGAGGAUGAGGAAGAUUCUUCUGCUUCAGAUGGAGAGAUAGAUAUUGAUGAUGACAGUGAUGGUGAUGAUGAUGACGAUGAUGAUGAUGACAGUGAUGAUGAUGAUGUCGAGUUUACAGGAGAGACAGAUAAAGGCAAAGGAAAGUCAAAAGACCAAAUUAAAGACAUUCUAAAUAAGAAAAAUAAUGAAAAGACCAGAAAGAAAUCACAAUCUUUGUCAGACUCGGGUAAAGCAGAAGUAAAAAUUGAACAAGAGGAUAACACUGAUGUGAAACAGGAAGAAGACAGUGUCAAAGAAACAGACGAAUACAAAGAAGAUUCAUCUGACGAAGAGGAUAUCAGGAACACGGUUGGUAACAUACCUAUGGAAUGGUACAAGAAUUACAAGCAUAUUGGGUAUGAUGUGGAAGGUCGUAAACUUGUAAAGCCAGAACAAGGGGACCAGCUUGAUGACUUCUUGGAUAAAGUGGAUGAUCCAAACUACUGGCGAACUGUACAUAACAAAUUAACGGGACAGAAAAUAGUGCUCAGCAAGGAUGAUUUACAGCUGGUACAGAACUUGCAGAAGAAACAGCACCCGACACAAUCUACAGACGAGCAAUAUCAGGCAUGGGUUGACUGGUUCUCAAGUGAGGUGAUGAUCCAUCCAUUGUCCAACCAGCCUGAACACAAGAGAAGUUUUAUACCUUCAAAAUGGGAGAGAUUAAAAGUAGGUCAGAUGGUCCAUGCGCUGAAGAUGGGAUGGAUGAAGCCAUCAAAGUCAAAGGAAGAGAAAGACAAGGAAGAAGAGGAGGAUGAACCAAAUUUCUACAUGAUCUGGAAAGAUGAUGAAGAGACAGAAAUCAGCAAAAGAUACCGGCAGCAUAUUCCUGCUCCCAAACUGUCACUUCCUGGACAUGCAGAGAGCUAUAACCCACCACCAGAAUAUAUAUUCACAAAAGAAGAGGAGGAGAAAUGGAAAGAACAAGAGCCAGAGGAGAGGCGUAUGAAUUUCAUACCACAGAAAUUCUCUUCAUUACGUAAUGUUCCAGCCUUCCGAAGAUUCAUCAAUGAGAGAUUUGAAAGGUGUCUAGACUUGUACUUGUGUCCUAGGCAGAAGAAAGUUAGGAUGAGUGUUAAUCCGGAAGAUCUGAUUCCAAAACUGCCGAAACCAAAGGAUCUGCAGCCAUUCCCUACUACACAGUCAAUUAUAUACAAAGGUCACACUGGCCUUGUGAGGAGUAUCUCUGUGGACCCCAGUGGUCAGUGGCUAGUUUCCGGCUCAGAUGACAGUACCAUUAGAGUAUGGGAGGUAGCAACAGGCAGGUGUAUGAAGACGUUACAUGUAGAAGGCAGAAUUACAUGUCUUGCCUGGAAUCCUAACCCAGCAGUGUGCCUGGUAGCAUGUACAUUAGAGAAGACUGUGAUUAUAUUUAACCCAGGAAUGGGAGACAAAUUACAACUUACAAAUACAGAUAACAUGUUGAACUCGUACAUCAAACAAGAGGAUACACAUGAUUCUAAAGUACCAGUGAGCUGGAGUGUUUAUGAAGGAAAAGAGUAUGCUGAUGGCUACAGGCUUAAACUUUCCCAUGGUUUUGAAGUGUCACAGGUCACUUGGCAUGGAAAGGGAGAUUACUUUGCAACAGUGAUGCCUAAUGGACAAUCAAAAUCAGUGCUCAUACACCAGUUGUCAAGGAGACGAUCACAGAAUCCAUUCUCUAAAUCAAAAGGCAUAGUGCAGUGUGUCAGAUUUCACCCUGUCAGACCUUUCUUGUUUGUUGCUACACAAAGAUAUGUGCGUGUUUAUAACUUACUGAAGCAAGAGAUGAGUAAAAAGCUUGUAACAAAUUGUAAAUGGGUAUCAAGUAUGGCUGUACAUGCAGACGGAGACAAUGUAAUAAUAGGCGGCUAUGACAGCAGAUUGAGUUGGUUUGACCUUGACCUUUCAACUAAACCUUACCAAACACUCAAGCAUCAUAAGAAGGCUAUACGUCAAGUAUGUUAUCAUAAGAGAUACCCGCUGUUUGCCUCGGCCAGUGAUGAUUGCUCCCUUAUUGUAUGUCAUGGGAUGGUGUAUAAUGACUUACUACAGAAUCCCCUGAUAGUACCUGUGAAAGUACUAAAAGGUCACACAGCGGAAAAAGAUGUGGGUAUCCUAGACUGUGUGUUCCAUCCUUUACAGCCGUGGAUAUUCUCAGCCGGCGCCGAUGCAACAAUACGGUUAUAUACUUGAUAAGACUUUGCAGAAAUAGUUACCUAAAACAUUGGAUUUGUAAAGAUAUUGUACAGAGCAUUAAACCCUACAAAAAGUACUGUACAGUGAAAACAUAAAGAAAUUUUCAAUGACAACUUGAGAGAAAUACCAAACUAUGGCUGUAUGAAAAACAGCAACCAACUUAGAUGCAACGGUAUUAAUAAUCACUUGCAUUCAAAACCUGAAAUCAAGGGAAGGCAAAACCAAUGUUUGUGCUGUUCACCAAAUUCAGGAUUCUUUGGGUCUCAGUGUUUAUAAAAUAUGUAAACUCUGUGGACAAAUGUAACGAAAUUACAGAAACUCUUCAAUAAUGCAGCAGAGUUUAAUUAACCCUUUAUGUGCAGGGCACUAGGACUGUUAUGCACCUGUCAAUAUUUUGCCCGCCCGGGGGAGCGGCGGGCAUACACAGGACUUUAGACAGAAGACCAUUCCCGACAGGCGGGAAUUUGACAAACAUUUGAUGUACCAACCAGGCUCUAGGGUGGGAUUUAGACAAAAAAGGUUGUCUCUAGGGUGGGGAUUUAGACAACAAAAUUUUUGAAAUGUCAAAUUCCCCUGGGUCAGCCCGCCGCCCCCCCCCCCCCCCGUGACGGGCAAAAUAUUGACAGGUGCAUUAGGAAUAAACAUUACUGAAUAGAUGUAAAUUUCUUAAUACAUGUAUCAUAGAGAACAAUCUACUUGUGAAACCCCAAGGUUCCUAGAUCAUAAAAUAGAGCUUGAAAACCAGUCUGGAAAUGCAACCUUGUCAUUGGUCAAUUUCAAAUCGGUGGUCAGACUCAACCAGUCAGAUGCUUGAGAUUUGAGAGUGGUCUCCAAACUUAGUUUUGUAAGAUUUGGUCCUAGGUUUCUGAACUUGGAGACCAGUUCAUAUUUCGAGGGCUUAGAGCAAAACUGGUCUAUCUUUAUAUAGAAAUAGAAGCAGACAGACCAGUUUUGCUCUAAAAAUAGAAGCAGAUAGACCAGUUUCGCUCUAAGCUCUCGAUUUGGGAAAUUGACCAGUGGUAAAGUUGAAUUGUAAGACUGGUCUUUUAACUCUGUGUUAUUACUUUCUACAUUGUAAAUAAUGAUGUAUGUGUAAAGCAUAUUGUAACAAACAGAACACAUGUAAAAAAGUCCCAAGUUAUCAGUUCUGAAUAUAACUUUACCAUAAACAUGGUAUAUGUAAAAGAUGUGUGUACUGAUGUUCUUUCAUACUGCUUUUAAGAUAAAUUCACUUUUUCUUUAUUCGAGAUGGUGGAAAAAAGAGAAAAUACAAAAACUUGUUAAUUUUGUUUUUUAUAUCUACAGUGAAAACUUCUCAAAAUAUCAAAAUUAAGGCCUGGGGUCAACCCAAAACAAGUUUCAAAUAUAUUUAAGGAAAAUGUUGCCUCAGCACAUUAUUAUUAUUUCUUCUUUACUUAUAAAUAGUUAAAACUGUUUCACGCUGAGGGGACAAAGUGUCAAAAUUUGGGACGUUUUCAGAGUGAAAAGGAGUGUGAUUUUAUCAAAACGGAAAACAGAGUUGUGUUCAGUGGGGGUAUAAUUAAGAAAUUAAAGGAUUAGAAAGAAAUAGAGCAGACAGAUUGUCUAAUAAAUAUUUUAAUAUCACAGUUAACCUUAACCUUAAACAGACAUGUCUGUGUACAUUGUUACUAUUUGUCAGUAGAUUUUUGGAGGGAGCAGGGGUGUAAAAUUCCACUCACCUGCUCGCACUGGAUAGGACGAGUGGAACCCACUGUAUACUCAACCGAUCGUGCGAGUGCUUUUUACAUUGUAACUUUACCAAAAUUCAGCAAAAAUGUUUUGAAUUACAUUGCGAAAAAUGAUAACAAACUUUGGUCAAUAGAUGCUUUAAAAUUCAAUCGCUUACCGAUAAUGAUUGUGCGCUAGACUGUGCUUAUUAUAAUUAUCGAUGCAAUUAUUACAAGAAAACCAUGUACCGUAAGCCAGUCAAGAUAAACUUAUAUAUCCAAGUUAAUGUUAUCAUCACCGUUUAUUUUCCUGUUGGCAAACCAACAUCCGUAGUUUAUUUGGAGAGCGACCGGGUGGUGGAGAUGACAAAAAUACAGUGAAAGAAAAAGAAAAAUGUCUACUGUGAAAAGAAAAUUUAAGCAGAAAGAAUAUGAUUAAUUAAAAAGGAAAUGUAGUGUACAAGAGAAUAUUAUUUGUCUACUGUGUGUUAUAUUUGAAAUUUGUUUGUUGUACAUAAUACUUCUUUCAUAAAAGUGACAGUAUUAAAAUGUCAUUAAGAUA